CCCAUAAAGGGAUUGUGUGUAUUUUGAUCAUAAUUGUGAAAAAGAUAUUCUUUAUAUAUAUGGAUGCAUGAAUGUGUACAUGAAUAGGAAUGUAUUUUUUUUGGAGUAUUAAUACACUGUAUGUGUGUGUAAACGAGUAGGGAUGUACAUAUGAAGGGAUAGAUGCGCAUGUGAGAUGCUUUUACGGAGGCUGAUAAUGAACAUGGCCCCUCUUAAUUAUAUUCUCUCUCCUGCUUGAAAGUUACUUUAGUGAGUGUUCCAAGAGUAAGACUUGAAAUCCCGUUUGGUAAAACUCAGUAAUAAUAUUGUUGCAGUUACAAUAAAGAUCAAGAACCAUCAUUAUUAGUAUGAGGCAUAUCUCUCACUCUGAGAGUUAUAAACAAAGAGGAGGAACCAUGGCUGGUGCCCUUGUGCUGCUGCUGCCCUUUCUGUUUCCCAGUCUUUUCACUCCUUUCAGCCAUGCUUUACCCUCUGUUCUCUCGGAGUGGAAUGCUCCAAAGCCUAGACACUCACGACUACUUAAGAGUGCUCUGCAACGCCAAACUUCUGAUGAGCAACAGGCUGAACUAUGGAUGCCUUUGGCGCACCAAGGCUGGAGACCUUGUGCCCGUUCAGGGAGUACUUCUACAGCAUUGCCAGAGAAAUCUCAGGGCUACAUUCAGGUGUUCCUUGAUGGAGGACUAAAUCAGCAGAGAAUGGGCAUUUGUGAUGCAGUUGCUCUUGCUAAAAUUUUGAAUGCGACACUUAUAAUUCCGCAUCUUGAAGUAAAUCCUGUCUGGCAAGAUUCAAGCACAUUCAUGGAUAUUUUCGAUGUGGAUCACUUCAUUAAUGUGUUGAAAGAUGACAUACGUAUUGCUAAAGAACUUCCUGAGGAAUACUUUUGGAGCACCAGAGAGUAUUAUGCCACAGCCAUUCGAGCUACCAGAGUUAAAACAGCACCAGUUCAUGCUUCAGCAAACUGGUAUCUGGAGAAUGUUUUGCCGGUCCUGCAGAGUUAUGGGAUUGCUGCAAUUGCACCAUUUUCUCACCGUCUGGCUUUUGACAAUAUGCCCGAGGACAUCCAACGACUAAGAUGCAAAGUCAACUUCCAAGCAUUAGAUUUUGUUCCUCACAUCAGAGCUCUUGGGGAUGCUCUUGUUAAUCGUCUCAGAUAUCCACAUAGCACAAGUGAAGUUGACAGCGCGAGUUACCUAAAAAACGUAGGUGGUGGUUCUAAAGAUAAGCAAGGGACUGGAAAGUUCGUUGUGCUCCACCUUCGGUUUGACAAGGAUAUGGCUGCCCAUUCGGCUUGUGACUUUGGUGGAGGUAAGGCUGAAAAGUUGGCCCUGGCCAAAUAUCGACAAGUGAUUUGGCAGGGACGAGUGUUAAAUUCUCAAUUUACUGAUGAGGAGUUGAGGAGUCAGGGAAGGUGCCCAUUGACUCCGGAAGAAAUCGGAUUGCUGCUGGCAGCUUUGGGAUUUGAUAACAGUACUAGAUUGUAUCUUGCUUCCCACAAGGUAUACGGUGGGGCAGCUAGGAUCUCAACGCUACGAAGCAUAUUUCCAUUUAUGGAGGACAAGAAGAGUCUGGCCUCUACAGAAGAAAGAGCUCAAAUCAAAGGAAAGGCUUCCUUGUUAGCUGCAGUUGAUUACUAUGUCAGCAUGCACAGUGACAUCUUCAUCUCCGCUUCACCAGGAAAUAUGCAUAACGCUGUGGUGGGUCAUCGGACAUACGAAAACUUGAAGACUAUAAGGCCGAACAUGGCACUCUUAGGCCAACUUUUCUUGAACAAGAGCCUGACCUGGCUGGAGUUCCAAGAGGCCGUCGUUAAAGGGCAUAAAAGCCGGCAAGGGCUACUCAGACUACGUAAACCAGAACAGUCUAUAUACACUUAUCCUGCUCCUGAUUGCAUGUGCAGUGCUUGAGUUCACAUCUUAGAAAGUGAGUGUGCCUGUGUAGGUCUCAUAUGAAUUUCUCCUGCAUUUACUGUUUUUGUUGCUUGUACGAGUUAGAAAAUAAACUGCUCCCUUUCCUCGAGCGUAUGGUUAUAGAAACAGCUCUUAUAUGAUCAUGUAUAAUUCAUGUGGGGGUGGUGAUCUCUGUAAAGUUGGGGCUUCAUAAUUAUUUAUUGUGGUUUCAGAUACAGUAUUUGAACAGGAUUUAGGAUUCUUGUGUGAUGAGUUGCUCGAUGUCCUCAAUUAGUUUUGUUUGUACCAACAUGUUUAAUUUUACGGAGGAACAAAGUCGUUCCGGGGGUUCUCGUCUUUA